AUGCUAAGAGGGAUCCUUAAAGCAUCUUUAGGAUCGAGAAGUACCCUGAAAACGACUGGGGUUUACUCACUUGUCUGUAAAUCAAGUUAUGCAACCAGUGGAUCCAUUAUCCUGAACGAAAACCAAGUGAAGUCGUUGGGGACAGACAAAACAAUCGAAAAUAAUAUCCAAUCAGAGACUAAUAGACUUAACAAAACUCGUUCAAAAUUUUGGGAUAAAGCAGAAGUCAAAUUUGAUCCCAAGUUAAAUCUUUUUGAGAUCCAGUUAGAUGGGAAGACUAUUAAAAGUCCUUUAGGUCAUCCUUUGGCUCUUCCCGCCCAGAAGAAGCAAUUAGCAUAUUUAAUAGCACAUGAGUGGUCUAACUUACCGGACUCAAAAAUCAAGACAAACUCUUUACCUUUAACGUCAAUAGCCGCCCGUUCGAUUGACUUGAUAAACAUAAACAAAGAGGAGAAUGUUAAUGAAGAGGCGAUAGCUAAAAUCGGCAGUUUAACGGACAUUAAAUUAAACUUAUUGAACUACUUGGAUACAGAUACGUGCUUAGUUUUUGCGGGCUUCCAUGAAUAUCAUGGGACCUUUAGGAAGAAACAGGAUGAGCUCUAUUUUCCUUUAAUCGAAGAGUUUGAACAAUACUUCAAUAAAUAUGCCGAAAUGAAAAGAGGUGCUCUUACCUCGGUCGAAAAAGUGAAAUUACAAUACAUUGACACUGAAGUCGAUGGACUAAGAGGAAACACACAGUCACCAAAUGUAAGAGGUAUAGUCUUCCAUUGGUUGAGCUCCUUACCUAUCUAUGACUUGAUAGCUUUGGAAAAGGCUGUGUUAAUGUCCAAGUCUUUCUUAUGUGGUGCCACCUUGCUAAGAUCUAAUUGCUCAGAUCCUGAGUUGAUGAAAAACUUAUAUCAAAUCAAUAAAAGAUCCGUGGAUGAGUAUUUCUUCAGGUCAGUUGAUGAGAUAAUUGAAAUGGGAAAUUUGGAAACCAUUUUUCAGACCAACGAAUGGGGAGAGGUUGAAGACACACAUGAUGUAGACAAAGUAGAUUGGAUUAGAAGCUUAACAAGCGCUGCUUUGUUGAGUCAUUAA